GGUGGGGGGCCGCACGCCCGCCCAGACCUCUGGAUGCUGCUUGGCCGGCAACUGCCGCCACGUGGCCUCGGCCCUGCGCCGUACUGGCCGUGGCGCACCAGGCGCCGUGUCCGAAGUGGACUCUGGGGCCACCUCCUUGCUCGGCGCGCGCAUUGGGGACAAGGACUACUGCAACGCCUUCACUGCCAA